GGGACAGUUAAUAUUAAAAUAAUCGUCCAAAAACGUUUCUUGACUGUUACCAAUUAUUGUAGUCCGUCGUUUUAUUAGUCUUCGGUUGUUUUAACGCACUCGUUUCGUGCAUAGUUUAGUAGAAGGUACUUUGGUCGGUACGUUCAACGACCAUUGCGAUGUUGACUUUGAGGUGUGUCGCCACGAUUAUUGCCGUGUGGCCACUCCUCGCCAUUACUUCCAUAUCGGUAGUGACUCGACAUAAGCGACAAUUACAAAACUCAUACAUAGGUCUGGGUUCUAAUGUGGAAAUACUUCCGGUCGGUGAUACGUCUGGGGUUAGCAGCUCGUACAGUGUAGUGGAAACGUCCAAAGUACCCCGCAGAGAGUAUAACACGCACAGAGCAAGAAACACGCAGCGGGACUCGGAACCGGAUAAUUCAGAGUACCGAGCGUACAACAAGCAUCCAUCUGCUAGAAGCAGAGGUAAUGCCGAAGACAUACCGGAACAAAAACCAUUCAGAUUCCCUGAAGAACGUCGUAAAAAAAAACCACAUAAGGCUGGUAUUGAAGACGGGGAUGAAGACUUAGACUCAAUACUGGUGCCUGACCAUCGACGAUCGGACUUGACACCAGGUAAUCGGAAAAAGUACAAGCCCAAGAAGCCACAGAAUGAUGACACGGACAGAGAGUCACUAGAAGAGACAAAAUCGGCACCCAGAAACGUCAAGGAACCAAAACCAUUGCCCAAGAACAUCAAAGAUAUUGUAGAAGAACGACCUGCUGAGAGCAAGAUCUCCAGUGACCUAAAGGACGAAGGCAGCAGAUACAUAGGCCACGGAUCUGCUGGUUUUGGUGGUGGAAGCGAGUACGACAAGGAAAAGCAUUACGACAAGGAACAGGGUCAGAAGUUCUUGGAAGGACACAAAUCCGAGGAGGGCGAGAAAGCGGAAAAAGCGUUCAAAAAGGAGGAAGCAUAUGACAAGAGUCAGAAAGAAGACUAUGGAAGUGACGAGAAGAAUUCUCAGGUGAGUGAAAAAGCGGGUGAAAAGAAAGGCCACGUGGACCAGGCACAACAUUUCGGUGAGGCCUACCAUGGCAAUCAUGGCGAGAAAGGUAUCUCAGUGGUGAAAAAAGGCGGCCACAAGAAGGGCAAGAAGACGUCUGGAUUCCACAAAGUGCACCACAAGGACGAAUAUAAGAAGGACGAGGUGUUCUACGAUGAGUCACACGAUGGUGGUGAACAUGAAGAACAUAAACAUGAACAAGAGAAGCAUGCCAAGGAGAAGGGUGGAAGCGAGAAAAAAGGUCACUCUGACACAGGCUAUCAUGAGAGCCACGGUUCAAAGAAAGCGGAGAGCGAUCACGGCAAGAAGUACGAACAAGCUAAGGGUCACAAGUCCGAAGCUGGUGAGCAAGCGCAUCAUGGCGAACAGUCCGAAUUCUCCAAGAAAGGAGGUAUUAAAGAAGGUGAGAAGUACGGGCACGCAGACGCGGGCGGCGGUGGCUACUUUGAAAAGGGUGGAUACUUCUGACCGGUCAAAUUUGACUCCAACGACGGCGGUGGCAGCGGUGUGUAAAUACCACGAUGACUUCUUAUUAUAAGUUCGAUGAUAUACUUUGGUGUAACUUAAGGACAAUUGUAGGUGUUAUAAGUUAUCGUCCAUAGCAAGUUUACACGAACAAAGUAUUUCUUGUUCUAAUGUGUAUUAAUUUAAUGUUUUUUUUUUUUUUAUUAUUAUUAUUAUAAUUAUUUACUUGUUUUU